GUCGGAUAUCUUGGCGAAACAAUACAGAUCGUGUCGUGGUCGCUUCGUAUAGACCGGUCUACAAGUCUUCUCUGUCCGGUUGGUUAGUUUUAACGUCAGUCUCUACUCACGACGCCCUCAGAGCGUGGUGGUGUCGACAGCGUAAAAAUAAAUUGAAGAUGGGUUGGCGUCCCACCCUUGCAGUGCUGACCCUGGCGCUGGUCCAGGCGCUCGGCAAUGACUAUCAGCUGCCGACAGAUGUCGCGCCAACUCACUAUGACAUAAAGCUGGCCUACGACAUAGAUCCGAACACAAACUUUAGCUUUUUCGGGGUCGUCGACAUCUUGCUGACAGUAAGAAAGCCCACGUCAAAAAUAGUUCUACAUUCCCAAGAUUUCAACAUAGUCAACAAAGAAAUAAAACUGAGGGGUCCAUCAUCAGUAUCGGUACAAGACGUGAAGCACAAUGAUACGUACAACCUGCUCACUAUUCAGCUGAGCCGGCAGUUAGAGCGAAACGGCAACUAUUCUCUCGUGAUCCCCUUUUACGGUAACCUCAAGACUGGACUAGAUGGCGUCUACAUCAGCACUUAUGUGCACAAGACUACUAAAGCGAAAGAUUCCACCGUCAGAUCUCCAGAGUUACAGUUCAGUUGGCAACAUGAUGUCAAUUCUACGUUAAUUCACCUGGUGACUACACAAUUCGAAGCGAUAUCAGCUCGUAAAGGAUUCCCUUGCUUCGACGAGCCGAUCUACAAGGCCACCUUCAAGAUCUCCAUCGGCCAUGAGAAGUUCUACACUGCUGUUUCCAACAUGCCUUUGAUAUCAUCUGAUGAGAACACAAAUGCAAUGGAACCUUAUUGGAAAUGGGAUAAACUAUCAAAAACGUUCAAAAAACCAAAGACAAACUUCGUGUGGGACAUUUUCCAAAAUUCCGUGCCGAUGUCGACGUACCUGGUUGCGUUCGUGGUCUCCAAGUUCGACUACGUGGACAGCCCCCCUGAACUAUCGCACACAAAGUUCAGAAUCUGGGCUCGAAGCGAUGCCAUUGAUCAGACGGCAUACGCAGCUAAAAUCGGUCCUCAAGUUUUAACCUACUUCGAGAAAUGGUUCAACGUGUCAUACCCCCUCCCCAAACAAGAUAUGGUGGCUAUUCCCGACUUCUCUGCUGGAGCUAUGGAGAACUGGGGCCUGAUCACUUACAGGGAAACUGCUCUACUGUAUGAUAAGAAGCAAUCGUCUUUUACGAAUAAGGAGAGGAUUGCUGAGGUCAUCGCUCACGAGCUAGCCCACCAGUGGUUCGGCAACCUGGUGACCAUGAAGUGGUGGUCGGACCUCUGGCUGAACGAAGGGUUCGCGACAUUCAUGGCGUCUGUGGCGGUGGCCGACGUGGAGCCGACCUGGAACGCUGAUCGAGGAUAUGCUAUUGAAAACAUCAUGGCUGUGCUCAACCUGGACGCUUUGGAAUCCAGCCAUCCUGUGUCAGUCCCCAUCGAUGACCCAAAGCGUAUCGGCGAGAUCUUUGACGAGAUCUCGUACAAGAAGGGCUCCACCCUCAUCCGCAUGAUGACCAUGUUCCUUGGGGAAGAAGUCUUCAGGAAAGCUUUGCAUAACUACCUUAUAAAGUAUUCGUACUCCAACGCGGAGCAAGACGACCUGUGGUCGGAGCUGACGUCCGCCGUGCAGCUGGGCGGCGGGCUAUCGCGCAACGUCACCGUCAAGCAGAUCAUGGACACCUGGACCACGCAGACCGGCUACCCGCUGCUUACCAUACACAGGGACUACACCUCCAACACACUCACUAUCGCACAGAAACGUUACCUGUCAAGCGGCGACGUGGGCCAGUCAUCGUCGUGGUGGGUCCCGCUGCGGGUGGUGUGCGAGGGCGAGUCCUGGUCCGCGGAGGAAGGCGCGGGCGCGCUGUGGUGGCUGGCGGCGCACGAGGGCGUGACGUCACUGCAUCGCUUCGAGCACGGCGCCGCACGCAGCCAGUGGCUGCUGUUCAACCCGGAUAUGCUCGGUCUAUACCGCGCGAACUACGACCGUCGGAAUUGGCUACUACUCAGUAAGACCUUGGCAAGCCCUAACUAUGAGGACAUUCCAAUGAUGGGUCGAGUCCAACUGUUGUCUGACGCGUUCGAGCUGGCCUGGAGCGACUAUCUCGACUACAAUAUCACGCUGCAGAUUGCGAGAUACCUACGUCAUGAGAAAGAAUACCUGCCCCUAAUGACGGGCCUCAGGGCUUUGGGGAAAAUCGAGAACGUUCUAAGAAGGACGCCAGAUUACGGCGCAUUCCAGAAGUUCUGCAGGAGACUCAUCAGCGACACGUACGCACGAGUGGGCGGUCUGGCGAAGAAGACUAUACUGGAGCCUGAUAACCUUAUCGGCGUCAAAAUGCAGACGUUGACGAGCGGCUGGGCGUGCAGGAUGAAGGUGCCGGGCUGUGAGGAGAACGCGAUCGAAAUGUUCCAACAAUGGAUGGACACUGACAACCCGGACGAAAAUAACCCUAUCCCGCUGGACCUGCGCAAGACAGUGUACUGCGUGUCGCUGUCGCGCGGCAGCGUCCAGCACUGGCGGUUCGCGCUCGCGCGCGCCGCACGCGCCAACGUCGCGGCCGCGCGCGACGCGCUGCUGCACGCGCUCACCUGCACGCGCGAGGUCUGGAUGUUGGCGCAAUACCUGGAGUGGGCCGUGACUGAGGGGUCGGAGGUGCGGCGCCAGGACGCGGGCAUGGUGAUCUCCGGCAUCGCGCGCUCCAACGUCGGCUACUACGUCGCCAGGGACUUCUUCUACACAAGAAUCGAGGACAUCCACAGAGCGUUCAAGGGCCAGACCAGGCGGAUAGGAGCCAUCAUCAAGGUCCUGUUGGAGCAGAUCAAGACUGAACGGGAACUCGAUGAGUUCCUAAAAUGGCGCGACGAAAACUCCAAAUACUUAGAAGACGCAAAGCUAGCAGUGGAUCAGGCCGUGGAGCGCGCGCGCGUCAACAUCGACUGGCUGCGCACGCACCGCCGCGCUGUGAUCGACAAAAUGCGCGAACUCUCCAACACGCCGAUAGUGAAGCACACAGUGUGGCACGGGCAGCCAGCGUUCAUGUCGUCAAUAUAUGCCAUCCACAAUAUAUCAAGCGUCAAAAUAUCACGUUUGCCAUUUGAUGUUUAGAGACAAUAUCGAUUUAUUAAUUUUUAAGCUCAACGAUUUUUGCGACCUUAGUAUAUUACCUUCGUAGAGAAACAGGCACGCCGCUGUCAUAAUAAAAUUUGUUAUUUUAGAUAUUUUUUAGCCAAACAUCAGCCAUGUAUUUAUUUACAAAAUAAUAAAAAUAUCCUAGUCAUUUUAAAUUAAUUUUCUAGGAUAAAAAUAUUUAGAUAUUGUCUCGAACUUGGCUCUUAAACUUCCGUGUUUAUGUUUUUGUUUAUCUAUAACAAUAUGAAUCAAAAAAGUGUUGUGAUUCUCAUGUAUAAUUAUUUUAAAAUGUUUUUUUAUUAAAUCGAGACUUAGAUCUGUAAAUUAGACAUUUCCAGUUUUUUGUAUAUUUUAUUAAUUGUGUUGAAUUCCUAUUCCGUCCAAGAGGAUAGAAAUGGUUAUGUUACUAUAUUCUAAAUUAACCAUUUCUAAUUUCCUCUAACUGUCACAAAUAGUGUUAAAAUAGCACUUGUUAGUAAAUCAUGAAUAAAGUUUUUUUUAAUAUUUAAA